UCCCUUCUCUCCCCAUUCGCUACCUUUCCGUCUGCGACCAAGCUCGGCACCGGAGCUACAGCCUCGGAACCGAGCCUCCAAGCUCGGGCCGCGAACCUUCACCUUCCUUUCGGAUUCCAUUGAAUAUUGCCAUUUUUUUAAUUCCCACAUUUUUCAGUUGUUGCUUCAUGUCUUCCUCCCAACACUGCAUUUUUCAACACGGCGUUUAAUUAAAUCUGCAGGAAAAGUCCUCCACGGCGUUGCCGAAAUCUGCCUGAUAUCGAAUCUGUAAAUUUAGUUAGUUUCGCUGGGAAAUCGGCAUUUUUGGCUCCAUAUACGCAAAGAUUCGUGUUUUUCUCCCUGCAGAGAUACCCAAUCCGAUCUUAUUCGCUCUUGAAAUUUUUGGAGGACUCCUAAGGGGGAAAAGAGUGGAUUUGAGCUUCGAUUUGAAGCCGCCGGGAUAAAUCGUUGUUAAACAGUGCGGAUCGUUGAGGAAUUAGGGUUUAAAGAGAUGGAUGCUGAGCUCUGGGCCGCCCGAUUGGCUGCUGCAAAGAGACAGCAUUCUUUGCACCAUUCUCAGUCCCAAUUCGAUCGGCUUAGUGUUGAUGGUUUUGAGGUUGAGGAGGAUGUACGCCCAGAUUUCCCAUGCCCCUACUGUUAUGAGGAGUAUGACAUUGCUUCUCUUUGUUCUCAUUUGGAGGAUGAACACUCUUAUGAGGCAAAACCUGCUGUGUGUCCUGUUUGCAGUAUUAAAGUUGGACGUGACAUGCUCAAUCAUAUCACUACCCAGCAUGGGCAUCUAUUUAAAAUUCAGAGGCGUAGAAGGCUACGGAGAGUGGCUGUUCCUCAUGGUUCUACUCUGUCAUUAUUAAGUAGGGAGCUUCGAGAGGCUCAUUUGCAGGUGCUCUUGGGAGGAGGUUCAUUUAGAUCAAGCAACAACUCAUCAAGUACAGUGGCUGAUUCGUUACUUUCAUCUCUUGCAUUAAGCUUUCCUGGAUCAGAAGCAGAAGAAAUUACCAAAGCUGCUGCUUCUACUAUUGAAGAUAACUCUGCAAAGGUUAAAACUUCAUCCCAACAAUGGAAGGCAUGCAAUGAGCCAUCCUUGAGUUCAGAAGAGAGGGCACAAAAGAUAAAACAGGCAACUCAAAGGGCAAACUUUGUUCAGCAGUUAGUUUUAUCCACACUACUUGGUGAUGAGUAAAGGCCAAGUUGUUCAAGAAACCAAGCUAAAACCAAUUACUAUAAUAUUAUUGUCUGAAUUCCAGGUCCAGGGCCUGUCAGAGGCAAUUAUUCUCUAGAAGAUAACAACACAGGCAUCAAGAGAAUUGUUAAUAUUCGCUAUUUCUUUUAUGCCUGAAUUUGGAUCAUUUGCUUAAAAAUGGCGGAUUUAUCCUUGGUAAUACUUGCAGUUGUUACUGAAGAGGGCAUUAUAAUGAAACGCCCUUCUGGUUCCUCCACUUUUCUGUAACUUAUCUGUGAUGAUUAGCCUUUUGCACAUCUCUUCAAAGGUUAUUUAAUACAUGUUUGGUGGUUGGUAUGAAA